UAUCAGGUUUUAGCUGUACAUAAUUUUAAAAGUUGGAAGCAUUUUCAGAUAAUUUAAUUGCACGCUUUAAUUUGCAGUUAAUUUCCCACUUACUCCGACAAGGGCUAAAUAAAAUGAGAUAGCAGGUUUUGCAGUGCCCUGAUGACACUAUUUACAUCCAUGAAUGUACCAAAAACAAGUCCACUUUAGACAUUAACCUUCCAAUAAGACUUUUAAAAAAAUGAACAAUGCCAUUUUGACCCAAAAUUUCCAAUUAACUUGGGUUUAUAAUCUUUUUUAAAAUUUUCAUCAAAUCUUUACACACAUUCUUAACUUUAUAAUCCCUUCCUAAAUAUUUUAAAAGGCAUUUUAUCCAUUUUGUCCAGUUAAAAGAAUUCCUUAAUCCUUAAAUUUUAGUACCCUUCUAAAUAUUUACAUUUGUACCACACAAUGGAACCCACUUGAAUACACUCAUUGUUGUCCCUUCUCUUUGUUCACACAACCUUUUAAAAUCCCUUUCAAAAAUAAACUACCUAUGUACACAAAUGCAUAAAAAUUCCGAAAUUCCCCUCAAUUAAAUUUUCUCUAAUAAUUUCCAUCCACCCCACCUGAAACAUCCCCCUUGGAAUUUACCCUCCGUUCCAACCGAGCCCCACACCUCGAAUAUUUCUCACCAUACCAACUCCCCAUGUCACCCAUACUUUUUAUCCUCUCGCCUCCUCCACCACGGUCAUGACCUUACUCUUCCCCCCUCCCUGCUUAAUCCCCCCGGCGUCGCCACACUUGCACCACGCGGACCCCAGCGCUUCAUCCCCCCUCCGAAUUUCCCCCUCUCUCCAACCACCGCACUAUUUCACAUCCGCCCACGACACCAUUGUGACGUCACGGCACAAAACGUUACUAUAAUUUCCACGUAAUAUUUUUCGGGAUGGGUCACCCAGUCAUUCCCCCCGAAAAAAAUCGUCCCAAAAAUUUCCUAACUUAUUUCAAAUUUCCAAAUUCCACCCUAAAAUUUUCUCCCAUACGGGGAUGCACGAUCCCAUCAAAUUCUCAGAAAAUUGCGAUCUCAUGAGUCAAGCUGAGACGAUUAAAAGAAAAACGAAACGAUGAUGGGGCCGGACAGGAUACGCUGCCGAUAAUGAAGAUGAUAAAUAAAGAUGAAUCAUUAAUUAUUAUUGUUGUAAAAUUCGAGUCAAGGUCAUUUUCGAAAAUUUACAUAAGGCCAAAAAUAGACUGGAUUGAGGAGUGGGUGAAAUAGAGAAAGCAAAAGAAAGUGGUAGGAGACGUCAUCACGAAUGACGUCACGCCACAAGGUGGACAGAUGGAAGAGAAAUCCGAAAUCGGAAAUCUGGACUAAAAGAGUCCUGAUUUUCGGAGGAAAAAGAAAUGAUCACGAUUUUUCAGAUAUCUCAACCUGCCUCCAAUAGUGAAACGUCUCAAUUUGUCUCGUAUUUAUAUAUAUUACACCUCGUCGUACUUGCGCCAUAGUUAGACUACAACAUUGGUGCAAGUUAGUAACGACUGAAGGAGGUCAAAAUAUUCAAAAUAUUCUUUAUGGAAAAUUAACGACGAUAUUAAAAUCACGUUAUCACGACAGGUUGGAAAUGAUAUUUUCUUAAUUGCUGCAUUUUAACCUACUUUCUUAAUUGUCAUGCCCAUAAUUACACAUUUCCUUCUCGCCAAUUUUAUUGGCAACGAAUUUUUCUCCCUAGAAAAAUAACAAUUGCUAAUAAAUUCUUGAAAUUCCAACACCACGAUUCUCAACUCGCCUCAUUUAAAUCUCCUCUUGUCUUCCCUUGCAUUACAUAAUAUGGAUUGUCAGCAUUCUCAUCGUCACGUCGAUCAAUCUUCCCCCAAAAUUAUGAGUCCUCCAAAAAAUGACACGGGCCGAUCCCACCACCACAAUUUCUUCAGAAACGGUCUCCUCCUCCUCGUCCUCCUCUUUUGCAUCUCUUGGGCUACCAGUUCCGAACCCUACGACCGAUGCUUCCAAAUGGAGCACAUCCGCCCGGGAUGUGACUUCCUCAAGGAUCCAGACAAUUCCUCAGUUGACGCAGAAAAUAAAACGUGCAAGUUUUUAUGACAAAAAAAGUUGUUCUUUUAACCCAUUUUGGAUCAGAUUAUCGUCAUAAUUUCCAAAUUUUUAUAUAUUUCUUGUCCAUCUUUUCCAAUUUUGUCCUAAUUUCUCCUAUUUUUUUCUCCUUUAGGCUACACCACCCACGGGCGCGAGCCCUUACGCAACAAGACGGCGCAAUGGCAUCCCUUCACGUGUCACAAAGCGUCCUGCAGCGUACAAAACGAGGCCUUCUGGUUGGGUCAGUUUCCCUACGAGACGUACAUCGGGGAGGAGGAUGACCCUCCGGAGGGUCACUUCCUGGACAAACCUCCCACUCAUUUUGACAGCAAAGACGCGGAGGAAGCCGUCCGGAGAAAGUACAUUUACGGACUCAAUUCUUACUGGAAGAGUUUCAAACGGAUGUAUGACCAAGGGGGUGCCCAGCUCGACUUAACCUGGCUAGAGAAACUCCCUACCCCGGACUACAUAGGAGAAUUUGAAAACAAGCUGAUCAACGAUACCCGCUACCCCUCCCCUGGGUUAAUCGUCCCGCUCAUCUGCGACCCCAGGUCAUACCUCACCUGCGAGCAUAGCCUCCGCCUUAGCAUGGAUGCAUCUCCAUCCACCCUGGAACCAACACCCACCGGAAGUUGCCAAUGCCACCCGCUUUACUCGGUGGAGGCCGAGCCUAAAGAUCGUGCUCUCCCAAAGGGAUUGCAGACUAUUAGGGGCACCUCCGAAUGCCACGGGCGCGCCAUGGUGCCAUGCGAAUUUGGUCGCUGGGUGUGGCGCGCUGGGCAGCAGACAUUGAACAAGACGGAAUCCAUUAACGAGGACCUCAACUACUGGGGCGAAGUAUGGACCCAUCCACCCAGUGGGGACAGAGAAGCCAACUUUCUCAACCCGGAAGACCUCCAUGAUUACACUUGGGACACGAUCAAUAGUACCGAAAAGUUCAUAUUUACUGCGAAAAGUUCGCCGUGUAUUGCAAACGCGAAGUGCGAAUUAUUUUACGAUUUCAACGAACGCGACAGUUUUCGGAGAGGUGAGAUAUGGCAAGGUUUCGGCAUUCAUCCCAUAAUUCGCGAAAUGAUGCUCAUGUCAGCCACAAAAUUGUGCAAGUGUAAAUUUCAAGAAGGUUUCUUCCAUAAUUCGAUGCACGACUGUAUCAAACAAGAACAGUAAGCGGUAUUAUGUAAGCGAUUAGUUACGAAAUAUGUUUGUGAAUAUGGGGAAAAAAUAAGUGACAAAAAUGUGCAAACUGCAAAAAUGUUUUAUAAUCCACAAUGUUCAAAAUAAAAAUAGUUUGCUAAAAAAAGC